AUGGCCGACGAAGAAGAUGCUGACACGCCAGUAAUUCCGGAUCUCUACAAACCACCAGCUCUCCUGCCUAUUGCACAGCUCAAAGAUCAACUUCUUUACACCAUUGAGACAUUCCCUGUGACCAUAGUCGUCGGCGCAACAGGCAGCGGUAAAACAACUCAAAUCCCAAGAUUCUGCCUCGAUGCAGGAUGGUGCGCAGAUGGCAAGCAAAUCGCGGUCACGCAACCCCGACGAAUUGCCGCUACGAGUGUCGCAGCGCGAGUUGCAGAAGAGCUAGGGACGCCAUUGGGUCAAAGAGUUGGAUACAGUAUCAGAUUUGAAGAUGUGACGAGCGCGAAUACGCAGGUAAAGUUCGUGACGGAUGGAUUGUUGUUGCGGGAGAUGUUGGUUGAUCCGCUGCUCAAUCGAUAUUCCAUUAUCAUGGUCGAUGAGGCGCAUGAGCGGAGUUUGUCGUCUGAUAUACUGCUAUCACUACUUAAGAAGGUGCUGCGCAAGAGGUCUGAUCUUCGAGUGGUCGUGAGCUCGGCGACCUUGGAGGCUGAGCGGUUUCUCGACUUCUUUGCGCCUGAUGAGGGCGAGAAAGUCCAUGGGAAGAGUAAGGAAGAGUUUGGCCAGAUUGUGGGUAUUGAAGGACGAACAUAUCCAGUUGAGAUACAGUACAUUGCAGAACCAACCAACAAUUACGUCGAAGCUGCUGUGGAGGCAAUCAUGGACAUCCACACCUCCGAGUCUGACGGCGAUAUUCUUGUGUUCCUCACCGGUCGUGAGGAAAUCGACGACGCAAUCGAUUUGCUGGGGGAUCGCAUAGCUGACAUGUCUUCGAAGCAACAGAAGCUCCUUACCUUGCCGCUAUAUGCUGGAUUGUCAACCGAGGAGCAGAUGUUCGUCUUUCAAAAAGCACCCACAAACACGCGCAAGGUCAUUCUGAGCACCAACAUCGCCGAAGCCAGCGUCACGAUCGACCACAUUGUAUACGUUAUCGACAGCGGCUAUGUCAAGCUACGAACAUACGACGCCCGUCUAGGCAUCGAAACACUCAACGUCCUGCCCGUCUCCAAAGCCAGCGCAACCCAACGCGCAGGCCGCGCAGGCCGCACCCGGCCAGGAAAAUGCUUUCGCCUCUACACCGAAGACGCAUACAAAUCACUCGAAGAGGCCACAUUCCCCGAGAUCCAGCGCUCGAACCUGGCACCCGUGAUCCUCCAACUCCUCAACUUAGGCAUAACCAACAUCGUGCGCUUCGACUACCUCUCGCCUCCGCCGUCAUCCCUCGUGACACGCGCCCUAGACCUACUCUUCUCCCUCGGCGCCCUCGACGAACAUGCGCGCCUCACAAAACCCCUCGGCACACGCAUGGCCGAACUCCCCCUCGAGCCCAUGCUCUCCCGCGCGCUGCUCUCCUCCGCAAACCCCGAUUUCAACUGCCUGAACGAAAUGCUCAGCAUCGCCGCUAUGCUGACGCUGCAAGGCGCAGCCUUCAUCUCGCACGACGGCGGCAAGAAAGCGCUCGACGCUGCGCGCCGCCGCUUCGCCGUCAGCGAGGGCGAUCAUCUGACGUUGUACAAUGUGUACGAGGCGUUUCUCAAAGCGGGCAUGAGCGUGCAGUUCUGCCGUGAAAACAGCCUCAACCACAAAUCGCUGGUCAAAGCCGUGAGUGUGCGGAAACAACUCGCUGCCUAUCUCGAGCGGUUCGGCAUCGGCGUGUCGCCGCUCGCAUCCUCGGACAUCCUGCGCGUGGGUGGUAAGCCGCUUUCAGAACGUAUAUGUCGGUGUCUGGCGACGGGGUUCUUCGCCCAUGUGGCGAGGAUGAAGAGCGAUGGGAGUUUUGCGACGGUAGAUGGGAAGACGACGUUAUGGGCGCAUCCGAGUAGUGUGUUUUUCCAUAGGAAGGUGGAGUGGGUUGUGUAUACGGAGAUUAUGGAGACGAAGGGGAAGGUGUUUAUUCGGGAUUUGAGUGCGGUGGAGAUGGAUUGGUUGGUGGAGUAUGCGCCGGGGUAUUAUAGGGUGAAGGAAGGGAGGAGGUGA